AUGGAGAUAGAAUUCGAGAAUCUGGAGAAUUCCUUCAGGAACCUGAGCUGCAACUAUGACUACGUGCCCUCCGCGAUAGAACACAUAGAAAGUCUGGGCACGUUUGGUAUCGGAUUGUUGAGCUCGGGCGCCAUUCUUUCAACCCUGACCCUAUACUUCGCUGUAGACGCCUGCCACAAUAUUCUUUUCCAAAAGGAAACCAGAUUUUACAAGACCAACAGCAUCAUGAUCCUCUCGGUGUAUCCUGUAGCGAGUGUCUGCAGUCUGACAGCAAUUGGGAUACCAAGGACUCAGUUACUAUCAGAGACUGUGACUCAAAUUUUCCUAACAGUCGCGCUCUAUCGACUGUAUCUCUUGAUAGUCUACGUAGGGUGCAAAAAGGUGACGAAGUCGACGCCGUUAAUGCUGAGAGUGGGCCCAUGUUGCUGCUGGCCCUGUCUGCCCUUUCCAAAUCUUCAAAUGACCGACGCCACUUUGUCCUGGCUGCGGCUUCUAGUCCUGCAACUUCCUAUUAUCCAGGGAUUGAUUUGUUGCAUAUUUCUGUUCAUGUCGAUAGAGGAACCAAGCCUAACGACGCAAUAUGGCAUCUGUUUCCAACCGUUUACCAUAGUUAGUAUACUUCUGGGAAUAUACGGGCUGACCAUUACCAUGAAGAGUAUGCAGGAAGUUGCUCCAGAAGCAAAGCUGCACCGCAAAGCUACAGUGUUGCAGAUGGUGCUGUUGUUCUCGAAGCUACAGGCGUUUAUUGUCAAAACUCUUCCUCAGACGGGACUGUUUCCGUGUAAUCCACCGAUUACACCGCAGAUUUACGCCAAUGUUACCUACAAUGCCCUGAUGAUAAUCGAGAUGCUGUUGCUCUGCUACGCGGCGAGGCACGUUUAUUACGUCGAGCUGGAAAGGGAGGAGGAGCAGGCGGCGGUUGAGGCGACAGAUCGGUCCAAAGACAAGACCGCGGAACAGGCGAACUCGUCGACGAAUAACAACGAGGCCAACAAGCAGACGUCAACGUUGACCGCGUGA